AUGAUUAGUUCGAAACUGUCACCUCGUCAGUUAUUUGAUUCUCAAACAACAUCAUUCGUUAAUCUGUUGAAAACAAUUACACCAAAUUCAUUUCAAUUGCCACUGGAGUUGAUUCAAGGAACAAGCGAUAGUAAUCAAUUAAUGUCAGGCUUACAAACAAACUAUAUACCAUAUAGUACAUGGGGAAAUGAUAGUAAAAUUCAUAUUAUCAAAAUCGCGCAAGAGUACGGUGACACGGGGGCGGAAUGUUAUUGUGAUUCGACAACACUUUGCAUUGGGAAGUCGAAUAUUUUCGAUUUAGAAACGUUGUCAACCGAAGUCAUCAUUCCUAAUUGUGUAUUCGUUACGAACGUGUGGUUAAAUGUUCUCAGUAGUGGAGCUCACUCAUCGCCGUAUUAUUAUUUGGAUAUACGAUAUGUUGGCCCGUCACAAUUUCAAGCCCUCGCCAUAUUUUGUACGUUAUCCAUGAGAACGGUUGAUGUCGCUCGAGAUCAAUUUUAUUCAACUGAUUUCGUCAGCCCAAAGAUUUUACCCUACGGACAAUUUAAUUCGGAAGUAAACACUCUUCUCAAUCUUUUUAAGCAAACAACUCCGAACACGUUUACGCAAACAUUAGAUAUAAUAACCGCUACAACUAUCGGUAACCAGCUGUUAACCUCACCGUCCAUCAAUUGGAACACGUCACUUCAAGAUAUUGGCGACAGUUAUUAUCAACUAAUACCCACAUUGGCCGAUUAUUCCGAUUGCAGCUGUUCUGAAUCAUCGAACUGUGUUCAAGAAUUGGGCUUCUACGACGAUCUUGAUAGGCAAGGCAUACCCACACUAGAAGCAACAAUUACAAACUUUUUUACUGGAUGUUUUCCUGUGGCUGCUCUUCUUCAAUCCACGCUAGAAUGUUUUUAUAACCAAACAUGUUUCAACACGUUUAUUGACUAUUGCGUGACAAACGCAACAAGUAUGAAUUACUCAUCACUACCAAGUCGCUUUAAUAUUGACACCGUAAUUGGGGAUAUUGUAAAAGAAUUAAUGAUCGAACAAUGGAAUAACGAGACCAACUAUACCGAUUACUAUCAGCAAUGUACGCCAUCCUAUUGCACUUAUUCGAUUGUAAAACGAAAGGAUAUUCUGUACAUAUUUACAACUCUAAUCGCACUAACGGGUGGUCUCGUAACUGCACUGAAACUGCUUCCACCACUCGUCAUUUUAUUGAUUCGAAAAAUUAAUAAUAGAACUAAAAAUAAUGCUGUCAUAGAUAAAAACACUGAAAAACGCAUGAUGUUAAGUGGCCGAUUGCGAUUAAUAUUUGAUGAAAUCAAAGAGAAAUUGGCAACAUUAAAUACAUUCGAGAGUUCAUCUCACGAUAUUGAAGAUGUGCAAUAUCAACGAAUAACAACUCGAUGGUAUAUUAUUCUAUUUUUUGGGUCAGCUGUUAUACUCUUAUUCUGUACGGGAUUAUCAACCACAAUGACAACGAUUACUGUCAAAUCGCCAUCACUACCAUUAUAUACGAAUCUUCAACAAUCGAACAUCAGUGGCCUGCUUUGUCCAUGUUCGCGAAUCACUGUGAAAUAUGUAACAUUUCUCCUAUUUCAGCCGUCCUAUCAUCCGAUUUGCAAGAGUGAUUUCAUUACUCAACAAUGGUUUGACACCAUCUCAUCUAAUGAUCAAAUAACUCUAAAUCAAUUUCGAAUUAUAGCUUCCUUUUGUCAAUUAAUUGAGAAAACAGUGAAUGAUUCUCUAACAUUAUUAUAUGUAACUGAUUUGCUUUCGCCUGAAGCCAUAUCGUAUGACACAUUUACAGCUAACGUCGAAUCGAUCAUUAAUUCAUUCGAAUCGUCAACACCGAACUCAUUUUUUCGUACAUUAUCAUUGAUACGUGCGAUAACACAGUCAAAUCAACUUAUGUCUGUGUAUGAAACAAAUUACAAAUUUCAGCCAUAUUCACCCGAUAAUGAUAAUCUAUUUUACACAUCCCCCGUUGUGUAUGGCACAUGUAACUGUGCCCUAUCAUCAUCGUGUAUUGAAACAUCAAAUACGAGUAAAUAUUUUUACACCGGUUGUUAUCCACUCGAAGCCUUAUUUCAAUCAACUCUCGAAUGUUUAUAUGAUUCCUCGUGUGUACCAUCCACUUUUACUUCUCUAAAUUCGUCAUCCUUAUCUAGUCGAUAUGCCAAGAAUACAACAGUUGAAAAUAUCAUAAACAAUUUCAUGAUUGAACAAUGGAAUAGUAGUUUUAAUUAUUCAGCAUAUUAUGAACAAUGUUCACCCGAAUACUGUACUUACAGUAUCAUACAACAAAACGAUGCUGUUUAUAUUAUAACAGUAACUAUCGGGAUUAUUGGUGGAUUAGCAAAAGCUCUAAAAUUAUUCUUACCUGUUGUAGUUUGGGCAGUAAGAAAAAUAAAAUAUUUUGCUAUGGAUAGCAGAGUCGUCCCAUUUACUAUUCACUCAUGA